AAAAUAAAAAUAAAAAUCUAUCUGCGACCGGCCUUGUCUGAUACGCUAUCCCAUCAAAAUUCAACAUCGUCAGUGAUUUUUUCUAGCGUCGAGGUUUUUGUAGGCUUUCUCCUUAACCCCCACAGAACACAACAUCUGAAAACUGCAAAAACAUGGGUUCUUUGGAAAAUGGGAGACAGAGAGCAAGUGGAGAAGGAGCAGAGCAGGAGGAGGAGCCGAUAUUAAUGGAGCAGACGCAGAGGUUCUGCAUGUUUCCUGUUCGUUACAAGCAAGUCUGGGAGAUGUACAAGAAGGCCGUGGCCAGUUUCUGGACUGCUGAGGAGGUUGAUCUCUCCCAUGAUAUACAGCAGUGGGACGCUUUGUCUGACUCUGAAAGACACUUUGUAAGCCAUGUCCUUGCAUUUUUUGCCGCAUCUGAUGGGAUUGUUUUGGAGAAUUUGGCUGCAAGAUUUCUAACUGAUGUUCAGAUUCCAGAGGCUCGGGCAUUCUAUGGAUUUCAACUUGCAAUGGAGAAUAUCCAUUCGGAGAUGUACAGCUUGCUUUUGGAGACAUACAUCAAGGAUUCUACGGAGAAGCAUAGAUUGUUCAAUGCAAUUGAAAGCAUUCCUUGUGUGUCUAAGAAGGCUAAGUGGGCUUUGGAUUGGAUACACAGCUUCUGUGCCAUAUUCUGGCUUAAAAAGAGGGGACUAAUGCCCGGGUUGACAUUCUCAAACGAGCUUAUAUCUAGAGAUGAGGGUCUUCACUGUGAUUUUGCUUGCCUUUUGUACAGUUUGUUGCAGAAGCAACUAAAUUGGGAAAAAGUUCACGGAAUUAUAAAUGAAGCUGUCGAGAUUGAGACUGAAUUUGUUUGUGAGGCCCUCCCAUGCGCAUUGAUUGGCAUGAACUCCGAUCUUAUGAGCCAGUACAUAAAAUAUGUUGCUGAUCGACUCUUGGUUGCGUUAGGUUGUCAGAGGAAGUACAAUGUCAAAAAUCCUUUUGACUGGAUGGAGUUUAUUUCUUUGCAAGGAAAGACGAACUUUUUCGAGAGAAGGGUCGGUGACUAUCAAAAAGCAUCUGUUAUGUCAGGCCUUCAAGAUGGUGGCAAAAAUUUCAUCUUCAAGUUGGACGCCGACUUCUAGUUCACCAAAUUUGUUGCAACCUGCAACUUCUACCAGCAUUGUACUGACUCUAUCUGAAACUAACUAAAAUUUUGUUACUAUUCUUUGUGGUAGCAAUUUGUAUAUUGUAUUUCGAGGGAAGAGUCCUCUCCUGAGCUCAGGAUGGGGAUCCUCCUGACCAGCUCAUCUGGGCCGUUCAAAUUUAAUCCAGCGGUUGCAAUUAUUAUAACUUUUAGAGGGCCCCCUGUUUGGAGCCGUUGGAUUAAAUUUGAACGGCCCAGAUGGGCUGGUCAAGAGGAUCUCCAUCCUGAGCUCAGUAGAGGAUCCUCUUCAGUAUUUCGAGGUAGUCAUAGUCACCAACACUUGAUAGUAUGUAUUGACGAGUAGUGCUAUCGUCAAUCAAUCGCCCUCGCAAGCUUAGUUAAUUUCUUAUAAUAGAUGUUUGUGGGUUUCACAGUGGACUCAUAUACAUCAACGACCAGAAACCCGACCUUGUGAUAGUAUUUUUCAUAUAUUCAUUCUGUUAACUUAGGUGGCUAUCAUUAUCAAUAAAGAAUUUUUUGUUUCUAUAA